AGUGGAGAAGAAAACGUGACAAAAAUCAGCUGAUAAAUACAACAUAACUCGUCCGUGGGUGGGAGAAGGCAUUUGACCUUAAUAGUUUAAAGUUAACAAUGUCUGGUGAUUAUGAUACAGAUAAGAGAGAGCAGUUACUGAGACAAACUGCAGAUGAUUACGCCUCCUAUUGUGAAGUUGAUGCUUCACCACAAAGAGCCGCUCUUGAUCAUGAACUGGAGUCGAUGUUGACGAGAUUAGAAGAAUAUGGAAGUCUUCUUGAAAGAACUCGCAGUGAGAGUCGACACACACUAGAUGUCCUGGUACCUCAGGUGUACUCACAUUAUCAGGCACUGCAACGCACAUUCCAGAGUAUUGACCAUUUGGAAAUAUUAGUGAAACAUGUUAAAGAAGACCUGGUUAAGAUGGAGACUUGUGUAAGCCAAGCUGAGACAGACAUAGGCUCUAGUCAUGGAUUUACAACAGUCAUAAGACCACUUUUCUUUAAAAAAGAUCAACUUCCCAUCAGAACCCCAACAUCAUCACAGCUCUCCUUUCAACCGCCAAAAAUUUUUCAUGCUGAGGAUUAUUUCACAAGUACUGGUGAAGUUACUGAUGCUCCCAGCUCACAACUGCAAGAGUAGCAAAGCUACAUACUUUUGUUGAUGGUUACCAUCAUUGCCUUAUUUUUAUUGUUGUUAAUUGCCUUCACUUUUAAACAAUUACCACUUAUUAUACAUCAGUUAUUGCAUGAAAUAACUAUAUUUUGUUGAGUUUUUAUAACAUAUUGGGUUACUGUGCUGUCUUGUGUUGGAGACAUGUACAUAAAUGUUAUCAAAGAAAUUA